UUCCUCCCCCACCACUACUCGAGCACACUCACCGUCCGCUCCAGCCUUAAAAAAUCCACCUUUAUCGUCGCUGGGAAAUACAAGAACUUGAAGAAAGAUCGAAUCCUUGCACGGCUCUCCGACCGGCGAGCCGUGCAACACGCACCCAGUAGUGGUCUCUCCUCGCAGGCCUCUGUGGGUUGCUGUUGUUGCCGCUCCUCCUCCUCCUUCCCCCACCCUUCUUCGUCCUCUGCUCCUUCUUCUGCAGUGCAGAGAGAAGCCGUACAUGCUUCUUGCAGAAGCCUGAAGGUCGCUUCAGAGGUACGUGGUCGCUGCUUCGAUCGCCCUCUUCAGCUUCCAUUUGCGGUUCGGUUUCUGCGAAAAGGGUGUUCGGCGUUGACCCGGGUCCGCUCGAAUUUCAGAAGGUGAGGCGAGAGGAGAUUCUGCAGAGGCUCUGCGUGGCAAGAGAGUCGAGCUCGCUCGCUGAGUCCGCGCGGGAACCGAUAAAUUUUCCUCUCCUCAUCUCACAAUCCAAGAGAUGUCACCUUCUCUUAGAAAGAGCAUACCUCUGCCUCCUACCUUCCGAAUCGACGAUGAGGUCAGAGCUGCCGAGAAGCAGGGCAUUGUCUCUAUUCUUGGGUCAGACUGCGAGAGAGCCAUGAAUGCUUCGCUUCGUAGGACACUCUCUGCUGAUAUGUCGUCCAAGAAGUGGCUCACCCAAAAUGGUUUCUCUCCGAUAAAGAAGAUUGCGUCAGCUGAAGAGCUUCAGGCCUCCAUCGUUGCUGCGUCUUCUUUCUCGGAAGAAGAUGACGAGGAUGCACAGAAGGAUGACGAAGGGAGAGGCCAGCUUGACAUUUGGAACUCCAUCCAGGAAGCAAAGAAACAGGAAAACGAGAAGUGCACUUGGAGCUUAAUUCUCUCUCAUAAGUCUGCGGAUUCGAAGUCCCUUCCCCCGCCUUACGUUCACCCUCUGGUGAAGAGAUCUGCGAGCUCUUUGAGUGAGAAGAGCCUCCAGACUUGCACUGAGAGCCUUGGAUCCGAGACUGGCUCCGAUGCGUUCUCCUCGUACCCGCCAUCAGAAGUCGGGGACGUGGAAGAUGGAAAGGAAGAAGAGCCGGAGCCACUUCAACAAGAGGGGAUGCCGCUGCAGAGUGUUGACCGGGAAGACUUCGAUGUUGUCAAGUACAAUUAUGCUGCUAGUAGGAAGAUCCAACCUCGAUCUUUCCCUCCCCCUCUACCUUCCCUGUCUCGAGAAGACGGGGCGUCCCUCUCUGUGCAGUCUCGCCGUGACAACGGACGGCUGGUGCUCGAAGCUGUCUCCAUUUUGUCCGAGAAAAAUUUUCAAGCCCAACGCGAAGAUGGCCGUCUCAUUCUUACUUUUGUGGACAGCGUUUCGUCUGGCGAGGAAAUCUAUGAUGGGGAGGAAGUAGAUGAUGAAGAGACUGAGAACAUGUCGAUGGAGUUGGAUGAAGAUGUCGAGAGUUCCGAUGGAAACAGCGACGAGGAAGAGGAAGAAAGGAAGAGGAGGACGGAGAACAGGAGAAGCAAGAGGAGGCAGAGGAACUCGAGUAUGCAAGACUCGUUAACGGUCGUGGUGCAAGGGAGCUGGAGUUUUCCAUGGAACGGACGCCCAAUAUGUCAAGUGGAGUGAUAAAUGUCCAUAAGCUAGCCCUCCUGAUGAACAAGCCCAUCGGUCCACUUAACGGGAACUCGACUUGGCAGAGCAAGUCCAAUAAAGUGGCUAACUGCGAGGAGGAGGAAGAGGAGGCACUCGCACUCGAGGAAUCACUCCCCUUGCGAGCUCCAAUGGCCAGGAUGCUAUCAUCGCAAUCGCUGUCGCCCCAAUCGGCACCAGCAUCGGCUUCCUUCAAUGCCUACGAGUACUUCUGGCGAUCCAAGUCCACAUCCACCGCCGUCAUCAGCCCAAUCACCCUGCAGUUUCCAUCACAGAAGAACUGCAGUAACAACAACUACAUCAUGUCGAAGAACUCGAUGCUGAACGAGCCACAGGGAGCGAUGUUUGUGAAACAGAGCGAGGCUUAUUACUUGGCCCCUUUGUUGAACAGCUGCAAUAACCCUAGGAGCACUCUAUUUCUGUGGGAGCCCAAGUGCAUUGCCACAUCCUGAUAAAUCCCACCAGACCUGGGGGUGUGUGCGCGUGUCUGAGUCACUCCACCAGUUAUAGUAGCCUCUUACAAGGUUUGCUUAGGCAAUAAAAAGAUGAAAAGAGGCAGUCAAGUACUUAAAUUUAGGAUGCUAAUUAAAAAAAGCUCUUAACCCGGUUUGUUUGAGAGGGGGUGGGGGUGGGGAGGGGUAUAUAAUUUUUAUUUGCUCGUUGACAAGUUUAACAAAUAAAAGUGCUAGUGAUGGUGGAUGCUGUCCGCUAGUAUCAUGUACCAUUUCCGGCUCAAGUACUGAAUAUAUGAUCAAUUUUCUAGAGC